AUGUUAGCUGUCAAAAACCGAAUCAGAUUUAGCUCGCUAGGCAUCGCCACAGCGAGGCUGCUCUCAUCCGCUCCUACCGAGAACCCUGUCGUGUUUCUGGACAUUGAGGCGGACGGUGAGCCACUGGGGAGAAUUAUUAUCCAGCUCAAUGCAGACGUGGUGCCAAAGACUGCAGAGAACUUUCGAGCUUUGUGUACAGGAGAGCAUGGCUUUGGCUACAAGGGGUGUGUGUUCCACAGGAUCAUACCGCAGUUUAUGUGUCAGGGAGGAGAUUUUACGAAACACAAUGGCACAGGAGGGAAGUCCAUAUAUGGAAAAAACUUCAAGGAUGAAAACUUUAAGUUAAAACACACAGGAGCAGGAACUCUGUCAAUGGCCAACUCCGGUCCAAACACCAAUGGUUCCCAGUUCUUUAUCAGCACCACCAAAACCGAAUGGCUGGACGGCAAGCACGUGGUCUUCGGACAGGUCACGUCAGGUAUGGACGUCGUUACAAAAAUGGAAGCGUUCGGCUUACACGAUGGUGGUGUGAUCAAGAAAAUAGUCGUGGUGGAUUGCGGGCAAGUCAAAUAA